AUGCCUUCGAAAAGCGCAAACAGCAUGAUCGCUGGCGCGGGAGGCGGCCUCGUCGCCAGCGUAGCGACCUGCCCGCUGGACGUGAUCAAGACCAAGCUCCAGGCGCAGCGCGCGGUCCACGGACAUGAAGCCUACCAGGGCGUGGUCGCGACCGUCAAGAGCAUCCUCCAACACGAUGGCUUCCGCGGGCUCUAUCGGGGGCUUGGUCCGACGAUCCUGGGCUACCUGCCGACCUGGGCGAUCUACUUCGCCGUCUACGAUGGGAUCAAGAGACAUUUUGGCGAACGGCCUUCGAACGAGGUCGACGGUGCGCGGCGUCUGUACCCCGCGGCGCAGGUCAAAGGCUACCAGCCUCUCGCGCGCGAGCACCCGUGGACGCUGCACAUCCUCUCGGCGAUGACGGCGGGCGCGACGAGCACGAUAUGUACCAAUCCUCUUUGGGUCAUCAAGACCCGCUUCAUGACACAACCACGAGAAGAAGGCCGAUAUAGACAUACGCUAGAUGCGGCAUUGACUAUUUAUCGCACCGAGGGCUGGCGGGCGUUCUUCCGUGGCCUUCUGCCCAGCCUGCUUGGGAUCACGCACGUUGCAGUACAGUUUCCCCUGUACGAGCAUCUCAAACGCGUAGCGGUAUCCCAAAUCCUCGGGUGCUCAGCCGUUGCGAAGAUGACUGCCUCAAUCGUGACAUACCCCCACGAAGUCGUACGAACGCGUUUCCAGACGGAGAAACGCCCGCUCAGCGAGAACGGAGACAGCCGUGAGCGGGGGCGCCGUGGCCUGGUUCGGACGACGAUACACAUCGUGAAGCAGGAGGGCUGGCGCGCGCUCUACCGGGGGCUGUCGGUUAACCUCGUGAGGACCGUGCCAAACAGUGCGGUGACGAUGCUAACAUACGAGAUGCUUGUGCGGUAUCUCAACCAUCGAUCCGGUUUUUCAUGA